CUUCCAAAAAACACUGGGUUACGUCAUUGUAUUGGAACUUUGCUCCAAUCAGGACUCGCUCUGAACUAACGUCUAUGGCUUUGAAGCGGGAGGGCUCAGCGUCAACGCUACCAGCAAUGGCCGAGAUUCAAAAACACCGGCAAAGCGACAUCCACCAGCAAGCGGCCAACAGCCACCUGCAACAGACCCAUGCUAGGGCUACCUGAGAGAAGUUACUAUUGUGGUUUAGUAUUGGACAGUCUAUGGGUUGAUUAUGUUAGCUAAGCAGAGAACCCUAUAUUGACAAAAGGAGUGUCAGCAGCAAGACUAGGCGCUCUUGGAAUAAAAGAAAAAGAGGCGCCCAAAUCUGUCCCUUCGGUGGACGGGUCCCCUCUCUGGGCUUUGAGCGGCACUCUCGCGGAGCUAUCGCAACAAUGGACUCAGGUCUCCACGGGGAGCUCACUCUGUGUGCCACAUCUCAGUGGGUCAGUGGUAGAUAUGCCUCGUAACGUGUGUUUCCCAUGUUAACAUCGUUCUCUGGUAGUGUUUCCUUCACUCGCGUUUGGUAGGUCCAGAGGAAUAGGACUGAAGAUGCCUGGACGGAACAGGUACAAUCUGGUGGACGAUGUCGCGGAUUCGCGGGUCCCCCUCCAUAACGAAGAAGCGUACCAACACGGGAUACAUUUUCAAGCUAAGUAUGUCGGCAGUCUGGAUGUUCCCAGGCCCAACAGUCGUAUGGAGAUCGUAGCAGCCAUGAGGAGGAUCAGGGUAAGACACACAUCAUCAACACUGAUCUGCUUCUCUGCUGUUGUUAUUCUGAGAGCAUCCACCCACUGCACAGAUCACAUAAAAACCAACUUGUGUGACAUGUGAACCCACAAUAAUACUGUACAUCCUCUCCAACAGCAGAACUGACAUGCAUUUAUCCUCUCUCUCUUUCUCUCUCUCUCUCUCAUUCUCUCUCUCUCUCUCUCUCUCUCUCUCUCUCUCUCU